GCCGAGCCGGAAGACGCCGCCGGGAGAGGCCUGCAGGCCUAGCGUGGCCCGGGAGAGCCCGACGAGUCUCUGCCGUGAGUAAAAACCAGCGCCCUCUGCACCGCGCUUACCCGGGUAAGAUGGAGGAGAUUUCGUUGGCCAACCUGGAUACUAACAAGCUGGAGGCCAUCGCCCAGGAGAUCUAUGUAGACCUGAUAGAGGAUUCCUGCCUGGGAUUCUGCUUUGAGGUCCACCGGGCGGUCAAGUGUGGCUACUUCUACCUGGAGUUCGCAGACACGGGUAGCGUGAAGGAUUUUGGCAUUCAGCCAGUGGAAGACAAAGGAGCACGCCGCCUCCCGCUCUGCUCCCUUCCCGGAGAUCCUGGGAAUGGGCCCCAGCAGGAGCUGCAGCGUUCACCCCCAGAAUUCCAGUAGUCACCACGUGAGAGAGGGCGACAGUGACCAGGACAAUAAUGUAGACUGGUCCCCCCGUGGCUUGGAGGAGUAAGCUAAGUUGGAGGAAAAAAAAAAAAAGAAAAAAAAAGGUUAAGAGCCCCAGUUACCCUUAAAGAUCUUAGCAUUAAAAACAAACAACAAACAAACAAACAAACAAACAAAAAAGCCCAAAGAAGAGAAUUUAGGAAUUUGGAUCCAUUUGGAAGGAUACCCAGUGUCAGAUGAUCAGAUCUUGUAUCCUGGGUAGGACAGUGUCCACAGGCAUCAUGCUGUAUUUUGAGCUCUAUAAAUACACCUGGAUGUGCAGGAUCCCUGUGUUGCCCUCUGUACACAGGUGAGCAGCUGUGUACCCAGCAUCGAAAAUUCUUUUUCUCAGAUUUUUUGCAUCUGCUUGAUGUCAAGGGCUUCCGGCAAAGUUUGGAUGCUGUUGAUGGUCAGGUCAUGAUCAGUCAGUUUCAGUGGACUGCUCCUCUGAUUUCUCAGCCUCCAACUGGGCCUCUUAUUGAUCCAAAUGAAAGUCAGGUGUGAGACUUGGAUACUAAAACAAAAAUAUUAAUUCCCAUUUGAAUUUGGUAGGAAGCCCUGGACCUUGUCUACAAGAAGUUAAGAACCACCUGUUUCCCAGAGGUCCAGCAUUUUCAGUGAUUUCAGCUGAUGUGGGGACAAAGCCUCACCUUUGUCUCAUCAAAAGCCCUGUCUUUCCAAUCCACUUAAUGGCAAUGGUUUGGCCAAGGACAAGGUGGUUUACAAACAGUUGAGGAUUUUGGUCGGAUGCUCUGAGGAUGAAGUAGACCCCUGCAACUGCAUACCAUCUCUACCUGAAAGAUUCCUAUCUUGAGUCACUGUGGACAUAAGUUUGGUGGGACAGGACAGUCUUUUCCUACUUUUGAGUUACUGGUGAUGUAACCAGUCUAUGGGUCUGACUCGAUGAUUGUGACAAGUCACUGUCCUCCAGGGGCACCACAGAGGUGCAGUGGCCAAGCAGGAGACUGUUUGAAAAAUUGAGCCAGGAGGGAGAUUUUUGCAUCUGCCCUCAGUAAUGUGAAUGAGUUCAAUGCUAAGGGCCCUAAAACAGGCCUUGCUUACCUGGUAUCAUUGCAGAAUCUCUUUUUCCUUAAAUUGUGCAGUCAAGACUUCUGCUUUGGUGAAUUAAGACCACCACCACCUUCUCUGCCCUCACAAAUGACAGUACUUCACUGUGUUCCCUGGACUUCCUUGGCAGCAUGAGCUGUCUUUUUGGUUUGGGGAGUUGGGGAAAGACCUCCAAAUUUCCCUGACUGAAGGCUGGGAGAGGAGUGGAUGGGAAGUGAGCAGUGGAUCAAACUGUCCUCUGUGUUAGUCCCUAAGUGAGGGUUGAUGGAGGGUAGGAGGGUGAGAGUCCUGAGGUGAGCAGAACAGAACGGUGCUGCUUUAUUUGAGAUGUUUUCUUACCUCAUUCUGUGCCCCAGUCCAGGGUCCAGCCUCAUCUGUCUGGCUUGGCCAUGUUCCUGUCACUGCUCCACUGCCUAUCUGGUGCAGCUCAUGAUUCCAGGUGCUGCUUGCCACUCAGUUUCAGUUCAUCUCCAAGGUUCCUGCCUCUGAAGCCUAUACAAGUUUCCUUUUUCUUUCUUUUGUUUUUUGUUGUUGCUCUCUUAAAUUUUUAAGUUUUUAUGUUGUUGGUUUUGUUUUAACUGUUUUUAUGGAAGACUGGAAGGAGAAUCUUCUCAUGGUUCCCCUCUGUGUAGAUGGGGAUGAGAAAAAAUAAUCUUUUUUUUGUGUGUGUAUUUACAAGGCAGUGUCAUGCCUAAGUAAUUCACUUACAUAGGACUGCCUUGCUAGUCUAUGCCCCUGCUUUGUCCUGAGUUCUUUCUUCCCAUUGCUGCUUGGAUAUUGCCUCUUAGGACUUAGAGCAGAACCAUGAAUGCUGGUGUACACAAGGAUGGAGUUCGUUCUGCUCCACUCUCAAACCCUACUGUGGACAUGUCUCCCUUUUCCCGGGCUCUGUCUGAACUGGAUGGACUGAUUUGGGUUACUGACUCAAGAGUUAAGGAAACCAUAGUGAUUGGGCCUUGAGUCUGACUAUCUGUUGCCUUCUCAGAGUUUUCCAGCUCAGGGUUGGGGCCUAGUUACAGUUUGAUGGAUCCUUAGUCCACGAAUUAUGAGAACUUAGAAAAGAAUGAAACCUUGGCCAGAAACUAAAGAUACUUUUAAAGAUCCCUUGCUACUUGAGUUGUUUCAGCACCUUCAGUGAAUUCAAGGAAAAGCAUCCUUAAAAACUCCUGUUUAUUUAAAGUCCUUGGAAACAGGAUGAAAGGGAGAAAGGCCACGGCCCACCCACUCUUGCCUUCAGAUAGGGAGCUCAAAUGUGACUUAAAUAUUUUCUUUCUGCUCUUUUCUGGCUAGAACAAGAAGUGGGUGGUAGUUUGGGGUAAUGGUUUGCUCAUAUUACUUCGCUUUUUUGUUUUUGUUUUCUGUCUCCAUCAUUUCCAUUAGGGCCAUAGCUCCCCACCCUGUGUAGAUAUAAGGUGGGCUCAGUUCAGCUAUUACUGCCCUGAGGGAACAACUACUUUUUUGGAAGCUAAUGUUCUCCACCAUAUAGUUGACAGUGGUUAGGAACUGUCCCUUCCUUCCCUGCUUUUCCUGUAACAGCAGAAUUCUAUCCUUCCUCUUCAAUUAAUUGUAUUGACCACUCUGUAAUCCUAUUAUGUAUCUGAGUGUGUGUGUGUGUGUGUAUGGGGUAAAGGGGUUCUUUAAAAUUUCUGUGGUUUGUGGUUUUUUCUUCCAUAAAUUAGUUACCACCACCGCAUGCCCAGGGGCCACUACCUGGCAUUAUCGCAUGCUGGGAUCAUUGGGGGAGGGUAGUGUGAAAUUUACCACUGUCCUUUGUUUUGGAGAUUCUUAUUUUUUAAUAAGUAAUCCAUCCUAUACAAAUAGCUAAUUAACUGUGUGUUCCCCUGCCCAUAUGGCUGCUGGUGUAAAUAAAUUGCAUUUUCCCAUUGCUAAACAGUAAUAAUAAAAUUUAAAAAAUAAUA